CUCACAACAACCACACCUGCUUCACACUCACAUCAGCUUCUCUUAGCCCCGAGUCCAGUGAAGCAGCAGCUGCCUUUUUUUUUUUCAAUAUUUUGCUGUGGCACAGAAUGUGAGGGGCAGCGGUGCAGAAGAAUCAGGGAACACUAUACGCUUGUUGGAUUACAUGUGCCUCUGUGCUGGCAUGCCUGUCAGUCACACUACUUCCAGGACCCUGGACAGCAACCGUAUCCCAUUGCUGGAAAGCUCAUCAUUGUGUUCCCAACUCAAGGGGAUGCCACUUAUCCAACUUCACUGAAAGCAUGUAGGAGGGGGCUGCUCUCCAUCUCAUGCUCUCUCCUCUUUGAACAUCGGGCUCAUGGAUACAUUUUAAGAAAUGAACCCGGCAGAGGUUCUGCUGGCGAUUUUCCUGAUUGCUGCUCUUGUCGUGUCCUUACUUGCCAACCUCCUGGUGGUGAUAUGCUUCUUGUGCAGCACCGAGAUCCGCAAACAGGUCUCUGGGAUAUUCCUGGUAAAUUUAUCUCUCUGCAAUUUGCUUAUGACUAUCCUUAACAUGCCUUCCACUUUCCUGGCUAUCGUUAAGCACCAACAGCCCUUCGGCGACAGCCUGUGCCAAGCUGUAGGCUUCCUGGAAACUUUUCUGACUUCUAACACCAUGUUAAGCAUGGCAGCUCUCAGCAUAGAUAAAUGGAUUGCUGUAGUGUUCCCUUUAAGUUACACCAGCAAGAUGAGGUAUAAAGAUGCUGUGCUUAUGAUGGGCUAUUCCUGGCUCCAUUCCCUCACCUUUCCUUUGGUCUCUUACUUCUUCUCUUGGUUUGACUACAGUAGCAUGUACGCUUCUUGCUCUUUGCAUGCCAAGGAAGAGGCUGACACGAGGAGGUUUAUGGUUUUUACCAUCGUGUUCCAUGCCGCCACUUUCAUGCUCUCUCUGCUUAUUUUAUGCUUUACGUAUUUAAAGGUGUUAAAGGUGGCCCGAUUCCAUUGCAGGAGGAUAGAUAUAAUAACCAUGCAAACGCUUGUUUUGCUAGUUGAUCUGCACCCCAGUGUGAAGCAGAGAUGUCUCAGCGAGCAGAAAAGGAGAAGACAGCGGGCUACCAAGAAAAUCAGUGUUUUUAUAGGAUCUUUUGUGGUGUGUUUUGCUCCUUAUGUUGUCACCAGGUUAAUAGAACUUCUUCCCUUUGUAAAAAUAAACCGCUACUGGGGCAUUAUAAGUAAGUGCCUUGCAUACAGCAAAGCUGCGUCAGACCCUUUUGUAUAUUCCCUUCUACGCCAACAGUACAAGAACGUUCUGUUGAACAUUGUUAACAGAGUAUUAAAAAGAGAACUCUACCCUUCGUCAGGCUACAACAGCUCCCUGGAUACAGAGAAUGACUACUGUUUGCACAGACCGAGCUAAGGCCAUCCGGUUAUCCGCUGUGAUAUCAGCAACUUAGUCCUUCAACAGAGGAACACAUCAUCAUCAUCUUCACUUCUGUUAUGAAAAAGUUGCCAUAACCAAAGGUCACGGUUUUACUUUCUUCAUUUUUGUGGUCCCUCCAUGCUUCUAUCGAUGGCAGAAUUUUGGAUUUUUUUUACUACUGCCACUUAAAGGGGGUCUUCACCUUUGAGUUAACUUUU